UGGUAGUCACUAAGAUGAUGGUCAGGCAUCUUUAUAGGGAUGGUAAAAGGAAAAGGCAUUCUUGGGAAUUCUCAUCUUGCUUUUGUCGAAGUGUUGUGAAAAGAAAGCAAGCACUGUGGGGGAGAGUUUUGCUUUAAAGCAAAAGCGAGAGAAUGAAGGAGGUGAAUGAAGCUACUGCUGCAGAGACAAGUAAAUAUAGGAACAAACUAAGUUACAAGUUACAACAACAUCCACCCAACAUUGGUUUGCAGAUGCAGAAAACAAAGAAUAAUCUUAGCAGCAGCGGAAGGCUGGCGACGAUGAUGAUGAUGGAAGAUGAGGAGGAGGACAUGGCAAGAUCAGCCAUAUCCACACUACAGUCUAGAGAAGAAGAGAUUGAGAGAAAGAAGAUGGAGGUGAGGGAGAAGGUUGAAUUACAGUUGAGCCGAGCAGAAGAAGAAACAAGGCGCUUGGCACAAAUUUGGGAAGAACUUGAAGUGUUGGCAGAUCCUUUGAGGAAGGAAGUUGCAGUAGUGCGUAAGAAGAUUGACAUGGCUAAUCGAGACAUAAAGCCACUGGGGCAGAGCUGCCAGAAGAAGGAGAAAGAAUAUAAAGAAGCUCUUGAAGCAUUCAACGAAAAGAACAGGGAAAAAGCCCAACUAGUUACCACAUUAAUGGAGCUGCUGAGUGAGAGCGAAAAACUGAGGAUGAAGAAGCUGGAGGACCUUAGCAAACAUGUAGAUUCCACACUCUGAGAUAUUUCCAUGUUGAUAUCUGAUAGAAUAUAUGUGAUGUAUUCAAUAUUUAUUUUUGAGCGAUACUGCACCACACAGGUCUGUUUUCAACAUAUCUACCAUUUGCAUGAUACCAUGCCAGAUUAUGACUUGUUUAUUGUUAAACUAUACAUGCACUCAAAUUGAUAUGAAAACAAAAAAGGGGUUUGCUA